AAGCCCCCAAAAAGUUUGUUUGCCGUCUGUUCCUGUCUCUUCUACAGCAGCAGGACUACGACACAAAGACUCGUUAGAUUCAGCGGCCAAAUAUUAUCAGUAGAGAAUGAUGAUGGAACUCAGAGGGCGCAUAUUAUUAGACAAAAUGCCGUUUGGCAAAAAGACAAAGAAGUCGACCUCGGCAGAGGCACCGGUGAUGCAUAUUUCUGCACCAACCAUGGUGAAGCACAACUUUCAUGUUGGUUUUGAUAAAACUACAGGAACAUUUCAAGGCCUACCACCUCAUUGGACGGCGUUAUUGCAACAUUCAAACAUCUCUUCGGAGGAACAGGAAGAGAACCCAGAGGCAGUCAUCAACUCACUUCGACUGUUUACAAAGUCUUUCAAACAUAAACCUACUGACCAUCAAAAGUAUCUCAAAGUAGCCACAACGAUCGAUGAAUCUGAUGAUGAACUAGAUAGUGAGGAUGAUUCUUCACGGCGAUCAAGCAAGCGCGAUUCAGAUGAUCCCCCUACGCCUCAUCUCGACAACGGCGAUGACCCCCAGACAGAUGUUUUCGUCCAGGUGCCUGACAACAAGGACCUCAAAGAAGCCACCCCCACACAAAUAGCCUCAAAGGACAAGAAUGAUGAAGUUGACGCUGUGGACAGAGUCAUUGAAGCAUGUGCCAAGGUCAAAGUUAACGAAGAAACUCCAGAGGAAGAAGAUGCACCAGUUCGCAGACACAAAACACAGAAGAAAAAUCUCUCAGAUACAGAAAUUAACUCCGCCUUAGAAAAACUGGCCACACCAGGAGAUGCCUUAGAGAAAUAUGAUACCCACAAGAAACUUGGAGCAGGGGCUUCAGGGACAGUAUGUAUGGCUAGUCCUCGGAACCCAGCUGAGGCAGGUAAAGUUGUAGCUAUCAAAAUAAUGGACCUCAACAACCAGCCCAAGAAAGAACUUCUGAUUACAGAAAUAGAAGUAAUGAAAACGCACAAACAUCAAAACAUUGUCAACUUCCUCGACUGUUACUAUUUGGACGUAAAACAGGAAUUAUGGGUAGUGAUGGAGUAUCUUGAUGGAGGAGCUUUAACAGAUGUUGUCACGGAAACCGUGAUGAAUGAGGGACAGAUUGCUGCGGUGACCCGCGAGUGUUUACAGGCUUUACACUUUCUCCAUUCUAGAAGUAUUAUUCACCGCGACAUUAAAAGUGACAAUGUACUACUAGGCAUGAACGGAGCUGUCAAACUAACUGACUUUGGUUUCUGUGCUCAGUUAAGUGGAGACAACUGCAAACGCCAAACUAUGGUUGGGACACCAUACUGGAUGGCACCAGAAGUCGUGUCCAGAAAACAUUACGACAAAAAAGUUGACAUUUGGAGUAUGGGAAUUAUGAUAAUCGAGAUGUUGGAAGGUGAACCUCCAUACCUGAACGAGACCCCACUGAAAGCCAUCUACCAUAUUGCAGCCAAGGGAAAACCCGAGAUAAAAAACUUUGAAAAACUGUCCAUGGAACUUCAGAAUUUCCUCAACAUGACUUUGGAGGUGUCUGUGGAUGUAAGGGCAGACACUGCAACACUACUGAAGGACGAGUUUCUCCACAAGGCGAAGCCACUUUUGUCACUUAAACCCCUGAUAGUUGCUGCUAAGAAUGCAACUGGUCACUGAAUAGUUAGUAGGCAAGGACUGGUGAUUGACAUUGUAUCAAUAUGAAGACAUGGACAGUUCUUUAUCACCAUCAAUUUUAUAUGUUUUACUGUGAUAGGAACUUCCGAUGUAUGACUUCUACUGGAGAUAACAAAGACACAGUAUGAUUGUUACAGAUGGCAGAAAGAACACAGACACUGUAAAACUGCUUGUUACGGUUGGCAGAACACCAUUGCCUUUCAAUAUACAGAAAACAAGAUUUCGGCUGUGAAAAAGAUUGAUAUGCCAUAAUAUUGAUGUUAAUUUCAAGAAAACGGUGAUAUGUCCUAUUUUUAGGUUUGUAAUUUGAUGGAAAUUGGUCAUUACUUACAACGGUAGCCUUAGGACCAUUAAUCUCUUUCAUAAAAUGAAUAUCUUGAAUGUUUUUGUUUUUCACAGAUUUUCUGUAGUGAUAAAAAAUUUUGAAUUUAUAUGUGUACUCGGCUGACAAAUGCAUUUUAACUGACAAUUGAACAAUAUCUGUUAUUAGGAAUCAGAUGGUAUGUAUCAUGUAGGAGUGGGUGGAUGGGAGGUUUUGUUAUCAGAGAUACUGGGACAUGACAGAAGGUGUUUUUUGAAGGUGACCAGGUUAAGAUUUUAUGUUGCAUCAGUUUCAAAAGAGGUGACAAGUUCUUGUGGAAAGUCCCCAAUUGCUUGUGGUUUAGUUUUGGAAGGGGUGAUAACUCUUAAUCCAUUCAAUCUGUUAAUUAUGAGAUGAAAUCUUUGCUAUAUCUUAUUCAUUUAAUUUUGCAACACUAGCAUUGUGCUUAAAGGUGAGUUUAUGUCCACCUGUCAUGUUUUAACAUCAUUACUGAUGUCUUUUACAGGGAUUGUUUUACUCUAGAGUCUAGUGAGACUAGAUGUGACCGUUGACUUUUAAUGAUACAAGUCAUCAUUCCAUAUUUUAGUGGUACUGUCUGCCUUGGUUUGACAGAUAUGUUUGUAUAACCUGGUUAUGUGUGACGUGUUUAUAGCCUGUGCUUCAUGAGUAAACCUAGUUGAUUUUUGACAAUAAAUAAGGAGAACUGAUGAAGUUCAAUUGUAAUGAGGUUAUAUAACUGGUGCAUAGCCUACCAUUGUGUGAGAAAAACUAAGAUGAACCAAGUUAAAUGUGGAAAAAAACUGGUAUAAAUAUAAUUUGUUUAUAACCUGGUUAUGUGUGACAUUAACUAGUUAAUAUACUAGGAGUAUAACAUGAUGGUGUCAAACUAUUGUAUAACCUAGUUAAGUGUGACAUUAACCAGUUAAUAUGCUAGGAGUAUAACUUGGUUAAGUGACAAUAACAAUGUUGCAAAUGUGGCAAUAUGACAAAUUCAUCACAUGGUCAAGUUAGAGUUGAGGGAAAUGUUUUGACACAGAGAGCAAAUGUGUUAAUAGCUCAGCAGAAUUUAUAUAUUACCACCCAAAACAAGCAACAAAAUGCUUUAUACAAUAAGUAUUAUGAGAAAUAUUCAUGAAUUGUUUCUUAGCUUUUUAAAAUAGUUUAAAUUGGUUAUGAUCGAUCCAGUUACAGUACAUAUUGUGGUAGAGAACACUUGUUUACUUUCCUUGGCUCAGAUUUAAUUUUCCUGAACAUCGAAGUUAUAUCCUUGUUAAAAAUUUUUAUAUAUAGAGUAAUUGAUUUUAUGUAAAUUCUAAUGCUUAGCUAUUUAAAGCAUUGUAUAUGUGCAUCCAUUCCAUUCAACAUUUUUGUUUAACAAAUUGUUUAUGCUUGAUGGAAUCAGAAAAGUUUUUUUUUAUAUAUUUGAUCAUCUGGUUACUGUCAUAUUGUCUUUGAUUUCUGUUUUGUGAUCAUGGCUAUGUUAAAGGAGCCAGUUAACAGAAAUGACCACGUGCAUGUUACACAUAAGAUUGGCUUUGAUAUGAAAUAUUAUUGGUAAAUCUUUCAAAGCUACUUAAUAUAAGGUUCAUGAAUUACAGUUUUACAAUGGGAUGGAUAAAUGGGAAUACUCUGACCUAUUUCAUGAUAGGUUUUAUCUGUCUUCUACAAAGUUUUGAAAAAAAAUCAGUCUACCAUCAGUUGUCUUAUUGAGUGUACAUGUGACCAAAUGAUGUGAUAAACCCUGUAUGUGGUAUUGUGGAGGAUUAGAACAUGGCGAUUUAUUCCACAGGUUUUCUGUCUACGUGGCUCCUCCUUUGCUGGGUAUUGUCUCACUGUCAAACAUCAGUGUUCUGGUGACAUGAGUGGGCAACCUGCAUAACUAUAAGGGGUGUUGUGGAACAUGGUGAUAUAGAAUACAUAUUCGGUAUCUGCACGAUUAUCAACAAAAUUAUGAUGAUAAACACUUUAUUUCUCACCAAAAAUUUAAAAUAGAAUUUUUUUCUGUGGUAGAAAGCUCUUAUCUUUAAUUGUGUAUCAGCCCAUCAUUUAAUCAGCACCUGAAGCUGUCGUUUAAAAUCAAAAUGUAUAAACCUAUAUGUAACUAUUCUUCCUUUCAUGAUUAUUUUGUCAGCACAAAUUUCUGACAACCUAAAGAAAUUUGACCAUGGUUUUGCUGUUCAUUGCUUUAUGAAAUUGUGUUUUUUUUUUGCAUUUAAAAACUAGACUCUCAACAGUAACAUUUAAAAUAUGAAAAAGAUAGCAAUGUCACAGCAAUGUCUCACAGCAAUGUCACAAUGUUGAUGUUGGCUGCUCUAUAACAGUAAGCCUGUUAAAUGCAUUAAUUAUAUAUUCACAUCCAGUGCAUGUUAAAAAGCUGUAUUGUGAACAAUUAGUAUUUGGACUUAAUCCUUAGUGGUCUAGAGUGAUCAGACUUUUUCAUCGUGUUAUUAGAUGACAUCUAUGCAACCAUGUGUGUGAGUACACGUUUGAAGGCCUAGUGUGUGAGAACAACAUUUGUAUAUAUAGUUACAGAAUGAUACUUUCAUUAUUUAUUUAAAUUGUGUACUAACUGGCUUCUCUGCAAUAGGAAUUACCUCCCUUGUACUGGAAAGUUAUCAGCUUUCUGGGUUAUAUACCUACUAAGAAAACAUCCAUGCUUUCUAAUAUUUAUAUAUUUUCUCCAUAAUCAAAAAGCUUACUAGGAACUCAUAUUUUUUGUUACUGAUUAAAGAAUUGAUUAAACAUACAGUACUGUUAAAAAAAGUACUGAUUUGUAGAAAGGAUUGAUAUAUUUGGUAUGAUAAUAUUAUAUACAAUAUCAAAGUAUGAACAAACUCUAUUACCAGUCAUUACUCACUGUAGAGAGAAUGAAACCGUGGGAUUCUAUAAGAAUGUAAUUAAUAUUGUAUUUUAUGUCACUUUAAGGUGGUAUGUAGUUGUUGGUUAAUAAUUUUGUCCAUAGCGUAUAAUGAGUACAAAUAUUUGGAAACCCUUCCCUGGAACCCCCAAGGUGUGGUAAAUUUCUUGAUACCCAAGGUCUUGUAUGUAUACUGAACCCACAGGAUGUGUAAAUUUCUUGAUACCCAAGGUCUUGUUUGUAUACUGGACCCCCAGGAUGUAUAAAUUUCUUGAUACCCAAGGUCUUGUAUGUAUACUGGACCCCCAGGAUGUGUAUGUGUACUGGACCCCCAAGGUGUGGUAAAUUUCUGGACCUCAAGGUCUUGUUUGUAAACUGGACCCCCAGAAUGUGGUAAAUUUCUGGACCUCAAGGUCUUGUUUGUACACUGGACCCCAAGAUGUGUAAAGUUCUUGAUACCCAAGGUCUUGUAUGUACACUGGACCCCCAAGGUAUGGUAAAUUUCUUGAGACCCAAGGUCUUGUUUGUCUGGACCCCCAAGGUGUGGUAAAUUUCUGGACCUCAAGGUCUUGUUUGUCUGGACCCCCAAGGUGUGGUAAAUUUCUGGACCUCAAGGUCUUGUUUGUAUACUGGGCCACCAGGAUGUGGUAAAUUUCUGGACCUCAAGGUCUUGUUUGUAUACUGGACCCCCAAGGUGUGGUAAAUUUCUGGACCUCAAAGUCUUGUUUGUCUGAACCCCCAAUGUGUGGUAUAUUUCCUGACCCCAAAUGUCUUGUUUGUCUGGACCCCCAAGAAAUGGUAAAUAACUUUACCUCAGGGGGUAUAAUUUGAAUCCACAGGUCUAAAAUACUUUAUGAUAAGUAAUGAUACCUAUAAACAAUACAUUGUAUUAUUUUUAAUUUUGCAUAUUUACUUCUAUUUUAUACAAAAAAUGUUUGUUUCAAGAAUAUCAUUUUUAUACACAUUGUUUUUAAACCAAUUUGUACACAUGUUAUGCAAAUUUGUCUUUUUGAAUCAUGGCCUUAUGUAACUUUUAUUUGCGGCACAAGUUUGUCUAUGGUUUAAAUGUCAUUUCUGGUGAACACUUGGUCUCAACAAGUAUUUUUAUUUAGGGUUAAAGCAAGUUUCCUUCAUGGCAGAUGUUCAGUGUGUCUUCAUGUCUAUUUAAUGUUAAUUUUGGAAUGGUAACCAGUGCGAUAAUGAAAUAAUAUUUCUGUAUAUUUUUGUACACAUCUUUCUACAUUCCUAUGCUUCUACUUGUAUGUUUAGGCUUUUAUUAUCAUUUCCAGAAAUCAUACGACAAUAAAAAUAAAAUUCUAGAAUAUA